AUGGUCAAGUCGACAGAUCCCGUUCAAGCUGCACGCAGAGCAGCCAUCAAGCGCGAGGCCAACCGCAACCGCGAGCGUAGGCAACAAGCCAACGAUGCACGUGCGUUACGUCAGGACACAUCCUCGCUCGAACGACAGAUCCAACGCUUGCAAUCCAGAGGCGCCGCUCUCGAUCAACAAGACCAAGAGGAGCUCAAGAGACUGCAGGACGAGGUAGCCAACGUGAACCGCAUCAAAGAAGAAUAUAUUCGAAAGCAUCCCGAUCAGCGCAACUUUGUACGAGGCUACGAAGAGCCAUCCAGCAAUUCCGACAAUCAAAUCGUGACUACCUCGACGUCGAUUGCGGUCCGCAAUACAACUCGGAAUGUUCCGGCUGCAGCAUCGCAGACGACAUCGAGAGAUCCAAGGUGGAGCAUCUACUAUGAUGCCGUCUUCAACCCGUACGGAGCCCCGCCGCCGGGCAUGCCGUACCUGGAAAAGCCGCACGCCCAGCUCGUGCAGGAAGGCCUCUUGGAUGCUGCCAAGCCGCCUCCGCUUCCCGAAGAGACUGAAGCACAAGGACUGAGCCUGGACGACGACAGCGACGAUUCAAGCAUAGACGAGGAUCUCAAGGAUAUCAUCAUGCCAUCGGGCCCGCCACCAAUCAGACUACUGACCGAGACUAUGCCAUCGAGCCGCCCCUCUACUUUAUUGCGUUCUGCACGCGGACAAGGGCGUGGGCGUGGGAGAGGUCAGGCCGCAAUGGAAAGAAGAGGCUUUGGGUCCAGUAGAGGUAGCAGGGAGCCUGGCUCGGGAUCUUUACAUCAAGCCAACGGCGGCAGACAGCAUGCUGGAUUUGACCAGAGAGCCUAUGCAAGGAAUCCUCACAGUCUGCCACCACGACCCCCGACGGGCAUCUCUAUGCAGCCGCCAGCAUUUGCGUCGUCCACUGACGCCUCUCAAUCUCAGGCGUCUGGCGCAUCAAACCCACCAGGCCCACCUCCAGCAGUACCUGACGGCAUUGUCAUCUCUGCAGAGCCGCAAUUGCGCGAUUUCAAGAAGGAAUCUACCGCGUUUGUCCCCGCUGCGAUCCGCAAAAAGAGGCAAGAGGAGAAAGCUAGGAUGCAGCGAGGUCUUCCGGGUCGGGUCGACGCAGCGCCCAUCUCGAACGAUAUGUCAGACUCGUCGUCAGCUUCGCACAAGGACAGGCCUGAUCUGCUCAAAUCGAUUCGUGCCCACCUGCCAACGAAAGACGUUGCGAGCUUGAAUCAAGCUAGACAGGAGGCAGGAAGCACCGGCGGAGAAAAGGAUUAUGAUCGAUUCCUCGAUGAGAUAGGUGAUCUCUUGUAG